GCUGGCGCCCAAUGGCCGUCAAAAAAUUGCCGUAAAAACAUUCUGGCAGUUGUAUACGUUCUACAUCAGCAUCGUCAGACGAAUUUGACGUACACUGUAGCUCGUAACAUACGAAAUCAAGUGCAUAACAUGUGAUAACACCUGAAAGCUACUGUUAUUCAUCCCAAAGAUUUUAAUUCGACUUUUUAUGGUUGAGGAUUUUCAAGUACUUUUGGAGUGAUAUUUCUUCAGGUGUUCUGAUUAUGUGGAAGUGCAGAGGAGUUUUGGUUAUCCUUGCACUCGUGUACUUCACUGAGUGUCGGAGUGCACAGUCGUAUGAUGAUAAACGCUGCAAGUGCAUCUGUCCAAGUAUCGCCUCGGUGAUAAACACCACUAAUCCCUCGACCGAACGUCGCAAUUUUAUAUCCAAUGUUCCUCCAUCCAAUUGCAAUUGUGAGAAAGUCAUUCUUCCCCAGAUUAAAGAUCAACUGAAUGGACAAGAACUCAUUUUCUGUCCUCGAUGCGAAUGUAAAUAUGAGAAUCGUAACACUACGAUAAUCAAGAUUGUCGUAAUUAUUGUAAUUUGGGUAAUUUCGCUGCUCGUGAUUUACAUGCUGUUCUUGAUUUGCCUCGAGCCACUAUUGAACAAACGAAUCAGAAAAAAUACUGGAGGUGCCGGAUAUCUUGAGCACACGAAUGAAGAUGAUGAAACAAUAUCCGCAGCUCCUGGGACCUCGUCCCAUCAAAUGGGUGUGAGAUCAAAUGUGUUGAAUCGUGUUGGCCAUCAACAGGACAAAUGGAAGAGACAAGUGCGAGAGCAACGACGAAAUAUCUACGAUCGACACACCAUGCUGAAUUAAUUAUUUUUGUUCGAUACGUGGUAUUUUUCUUCAUUAUUGAAUAAGUGUAUAAUUGUAUUUAUUAUGUUACUAAUGAGCAUUCAAAAUAGUAAUUCAUAAAGUGAGAUAUAAUUCGAGGUAUAAAUGAUAAUAAAGAAUUAUUUUAUGUCUUUUA